AUGCCUUCCGCAACUUUGAACGGUGUUCGUUCAUUAACCAACAACAAAGAUCCUGCAGCGACUGGUAAUUCCGUUUUCAAUGUCAUGCCUUCAGACUCCGAGCGUAUUCACAACCUGACGAACCUUGACCCCCCGUAUCCCUCGGAGUCUCUCACGUUCCUUCGAACCCUCCGAGCACAACGCGACAUAGACUCCAAUGUUUCUACAACACCAGAACAAGCCCGCCUCAAGUUAGAAAUCACUAUAGUCGGUGCAGGCCUGGGUGGAAUCGCUACUGCCAUUGCGCUCGCCAGGCGCGGACAUUCUGUUCUUAUAUUGGAGCAAGCGCCGGAGCUCGGCGAGGUGGGUGCGGGUAUUCAAAUACCCCCCAACUCCGGUCGAUUGCUCCGAAAAUGGGGAGUCUCGAAGCAUCUACAGAAGUCUGCCGUGCAGCCAGAGAGUAUUAACUUUCGACGGUGGCAGGAUGGCAGCGUUAUUGGAUAUACGGAUCUCGGUUCGGAGUUCAAGACACUCUAUGAAGAGCCAUACCAGGUGGUGCAUCGGGCACACUUCCACGACGCCCUUUACCAAAGAGCAGUCGAGCUGGGAGUCAAGGUCAAACUCAACAGCAGAGUAGUAGAGUAUGACGCAGAAGGUGCAGCUGUCGUGUUGGAGGACGGCUCCAUCGUAAAAUCCGACCUUGUGAUCGCGGCUGAUGGAGUGAAAUCCGUGGCUAGAUCACUAAUACACCCACAAGGAAACCACGAGCCGCGCCUGAGUGGUUUUGCUGCCUACCGUGCGACAGUCGACGUCUCCAAGAUGAGGUCCGACCCUGAAAUCGCGCAGAUUAUCGAAAGGCCAUCGUUAAACAUUUGGAUCGGCGAGGAUCGUCACAUUAUGACAUACACCAUCGCUGGCGGCAACUCGUUCAACAUGGUACUGUCACACAAGGAUCUCUCUGACCCCUCUACGUGGGUACAGGAGUCUGCAGUCGAGAACAUGAAGAAAGAGUUCUCUGGAUGGGACCCGAAGCUGAUAAUUUUGGGUGACGCUGCGCAUGCCAUGCUGCCAUACAUGUCAGAAGGAGCGGCAAUGGCGGUUGAGGACGGUGCCGCCAUUGCCGUCGCCAUUAAUCGAUUACACUCAACCAAGGAGUUGCGAUUUGCCCUUAAAACAUUUGAAGUGGAACGCAUCAAACGAAGCGGUGAUAUGGUUGAUGCCAGCGCAAUCAACGGUAUAUUGUGGCAUUUUGCUGACGGUCCGGAGCAGCAGGCUCGGGAUGCGGCAAUGCGAGCAGAGGUUGAAGGGCGGUCAUUCAGUAGCAGUGCGAACCAGUGGAGUGACCCCGUCACACAAAACUGGGCUUACGGUUACGAUGCGGAAAAGGCAAUGCAAGACGCGUGGGACCAAGCAGUCAGUGACCUAAUUGCCGAAAGGGUAUAG